AUGGAGAUUACCCAACUCCUCUGCGACGAAGUGUGGCUUAGCAGCAGCGGCAGCGGCAACAGCGCUCCUUCUACCCCUCACUGCAACACCCACGGCGACCACGCAGCCAUGCUGCCGCCCAUUGCCUCGGAUCCCUUCUUCGCCACUAAAGAAGACUGCGAGGAGGGUCUGGCCACAUGCCUCCACAAGGAGUCAUCUUACAUGCCCCUUCCCCCAUACUCUCACCUUCUCCACCACUCCCCUGCUUUGGUUUCCUCUAGACUCCGAGCUAUUCAAUGGCUCAUCAAGUCUCGAAGUCGGCUGAAUCUCUCUUUCCAAACUCUCUUCAACGCCGUGAAUUACCUUGAUAGAUACGUUUCCACAAAUCAUUCUCACGGCUCUCGGAUUUUUGAAUUGGUGUCUGUGGCGUGUUUAUCAGUGGCAUCCAAGUUUAAUGAGACUUCCCCUCCUUCCUUGCAUGAAAUUCAAACGGAGGAUCUGGAGAAUUCAUAUGAAUGCAGCAUGAUCCAACGGAUGGAAUUGAAAGUGUUAGAGGCAUUAAGAUGGCGACUUAGCUCUACUACCCCCUUUUCCUACGUAGGACUGCUGCUGUGGAGCAUUGCAGACUCCCUCCAACCUCAACUUCUCCACCAUAACUUAAACACUCGAGUCACUAAUCUCCUUCUAGCUGCCCUUCAAGAUUACAAGUUCCUGGAGUUCAGGCCAUCUGUUGUCGCUGUUUCAGCCCUACUAUGCUGCUUAGAAGACCUAACCCCAUCAUCUGAUGCCCACCUCCCCUACAUUAGCACUCUCAUCCCCCAACCCCAAAAGGAAGCUCAGCAGGUGGAGUGCCAAAAGAUGAUGGAAGAGCAAUAUUUGCAGAGCAUAGCGGGAGGAGGGAGGCCGUCAUGCCGCUGCCCAUCAAGCCCAGUGAGCGUACUGUUGAAGGACCAGAUAGAUGUCCACUGCGGUUGUAGUACUCGUCUAUGCCGCUGCCUUAACACGCCUCCCCGUUCAAAAAUUGAUGAGCCAUCCGUUUCGAGAAAGACCAAGAGAAAGAGAGAAGAACAAUAA